AUGUCCUCCCUCGCCUCCUGCAUCUUUUGCAAGAUUGUCAAGGGUGAAAUCCCUUCGCAAGUCCACCCUCUUUCGCUGUUCGAUAUUUUCAAGCUCAUUGAAACGGAGUCUAUCCUCGCUUUCAUGGAUAUUGGACCUAUUUCCAGGGGCCACUGUCUUGUCGUUCCCAAGUACCAUGCUGCGAAGCUUUCCGACCUUCCUGACGACCAGAUGAGCGAGAUCCUCCCCGCUCUCAAGAAGCUCGCUAUCGCUACCGGCGCCGAGAACUACAACAUUCUUCAAAACAACGGCAGACCCGCUCAUCAAGAAGUCGACCACGUCCAUUUCCACGUCAUUCCCAAGCCUGCUGAUGCUGGAGACAAGGAGGGUUUGGUCGUUGGAUGGCCCGGUCAGAAAACUCCUAUGGAUGAGAUUAAGAAAACCUUUGAGGAGAUCAAGAGCAAGCUUUAA